GAGGGCGGGCGAGAGCACCAAGCCUGGUCUUCUGGUCAUCCCCAGCCAAGCUGAGCUGUUGACAGCUGCUUGGGAUUCUGCCUCCAGGCUCCAGCUGGCUUCACAGCCCCUCCACUUCUCAGCCACUGUCCCUCCAUGGCUCAGAAAGAAGAGGUCGCUGAGGCUGCAGCGCCAGCCUCCCAGAAUGGAGAAGAUCUGGAGAACCUAGAAGACCCUGAGAAGCUGAAGGAGCUCAUCGACCUGCCGCCCUUUGAGAUCGUCACUGGGGAGCGGCUGCCUGUCAACUUCUUUAAAUUUCAGUUCCGGAACGUGGAGUACAGUUCUGGGCGGAACAAGACCUUCCUCUGCUAUGUGGUGGAAGCUCAGAGCAAGGGAGGCCAGGUGCAGGCGUCCCGGGGCUACCUGGAGGAUGAGCAUGCAGGUGCCCAUGCUGAGGAGGCUUUCUUUAACACCAUCCUGCCGGCCUGCGACCCGGCCCUGAAGUACAAUGUCACCUGGUACGUGUCCUCCAGCCCCUGUGCAGCCUGCGCUGACCGAAUUCUCAAAACGCUCAGCAAGACCAAGAACCUGCGCCUGCUCAUCCUGGUGGGCCGGCUCUUCAUGUGGGAGGAGCCAGAGGUCCAGGCCGCUCUGAAGAAGCUGAAGGAGGCUGGCUGCAAACUGCGCAUCAUGAAACCCCAGGACUUCGAGUACAUCUGGCAGAAUUUUGUGGAGCAAGAAGAGGGUGAAUCCAAGGCCUUUGAGCCCUGGGAGGACAUUCAGGAGAACUUCCUAUAUUAUGAGGAGAAGCUGGCAGAUAUCCUGAAGUAGGCAGCAGAGCGCAGCCUUCUGUCUGCCCGCUGCCACCCGGAGAAGCAGUGACAUGGAUGGCACCCAGGACAGGCCUGUCUUCUCACUUAUACCUGGAGUUGGACAUCUGACACCAACCAGUUGUUCUGGACAAGGCCCUCCCUCCCAGAACUCAGCGCACCCAGGCCGCCAUUUGGUCACAUCUUUUGUGAUGUGGCUAUUGGGGGAAAGGGAAUUGAAGGGAAGAAAAGCAGCUGUAUGUGGGCACCUGGGGGCGGAGGCUCUUCCUGCCUCCCCAGGGUGCUGCCUGAGACAAAGAUCCUCACAUUCAAGGCACAAACCUUUGAAAUACAUCAAGAAAAGUGUUUUGAGUUGGGCUGGGUUGUUGGUGUUUUUUUUUUUUUAAAGGCAAAAUAGCAUCAUUAAUAAAGGAAAUAGUGUGGUU